CAAAACAAAAUUUCUAUGUUUUGUCCUAAACGUCCUAAAACGCCUAAAACUCUGAAAUUACUGUGCAUUAUAAGUGUCAUACCCGUAUACAAACAAAGCGGGAAACUACUAUUCCGAUUUCCAUUAAAACUUUGUGUUUUAUUCCGUUUAUUACAAUUGAUACGGCUUCAAUUCCGUAAUAAACAAUCAAAAGGACAAAAAUCGAAAAUGAUUCAACGUGCCUUCCAACCGGCAGAAAUACCGGUUCGGAUGGAUCGUUUACGUGUUAGCACUGAAGAAGAAGAGCCUAUUACCGUUCUUCAAGAUAUGGCCAUCGAUAACUCGUUUGAUAACAUACCGCUAAACUACCUAUCUCCAUCUGCAUCGCCUUCUCCCGACGAAAUGAUAAUCCGUCAACGAGGUCGUCGUAGCGCAUCAAUAUUAUGGUCGCCUGAAAAAAUUCGAGAUUCGCUAACGCCGAUACGGUCUGCAAUGACAUUACGUAGUUCACCACGCAAACGUUUAUUGAUUACGGAUAUCACACCGAUUUCACCCGAUCAAAGUCAUUCGAGCGUUCCACGUAAAUCAAAUACAAAUCUAACGAAGCAAUCGUUACCGGGUGGUAAAAGGCUGAAAUUUGACGAGAAACCAAUAGCACAAACGAAUACAGGUGUGCCAUUGGCUGAUACUUUGAAAGGCUAUUCACAUGAUCAACUAAUUGCAAUCAUCAGCGGCUUGGUUAAAGAACAACCAGAAUUGGAAGUGAAGAUUCGAAGUGAGCUUCCCAUACCGGACAUACGCCAAAUGGAAGAGCAACUGAGCUAUGCGAAUAAGAACAUCUACAAAAGUCUACCCACAUCCCGAUUGGCCAAGAAAACGGAUAGCAUUAGUUAUGCUAGAGCUGCAACACAUUUGAAUGCCUUCAAAAAAACCAUAACGGACCACACCAAUACUCUGAACACUUCCAAAAAUUGGGAUGCAUUACUCGAUUACACACAAAUGGCAUGGACGUACGUAAAGGCAACACCGAUCUGGGAUAAUCAUUCGCAUAACACUUGUCGACGGAAUUGCUUUAAAAUCCUUUCAAAUCACAUGUAUGCUUCGUUGAAGCACGGUGGUAUAUUGCUGGGAGAGAACCGGAUCUACGAACUGUCAAAUCGUAUAUGGAACAUGUCGAAUGAAUGCAACGAUUCACAAAUUAAUUUGAACAUUGAACUAUUGAACAACAUUAUCGCUACGAUUGAAUAAGAUAAUCUAUGGAGCGAUUCAGAUACAAUAUCCAGUAAGAAUAAACCUCCUUUUUAACUGUUACGUUAUUGCAUAUAAUUUAGUCGUGUAGUUUAUACAAUUUUAUUGUUGUAUUUCGUUAAUUGAGUCACCCAACUUGUUUUGUUUCCCAAAUGGUUUUAAGUAAAGAAAGAACAAGCCAUAGCCUUAGAAACCGAUCAACAUUUAAGUUAGAUUUUUAGUAUAAAUUUAUGCUUUUCUUAUUCAGAACAACAACAACAAAAAUUAAAUAAAAAGAAAAAAAAAAUGAUAAAAAACAAAGACAGAUUAGAAAUGUGGAUGAGUGAAGAGUUGGAACAACAGUUCUGUGUUCAGGUACACAGAUUAAUUAAAAUGGACAAUGUAAGUUUAUAAUUAAGUGCCUGCAACUGUUCUGAAGCAAUUUAGCUUUUUAACAAACGACAAAUCAAAACUGUUAAUUCUCUCGUUGAAAUAAGUGUCUGGAGUUUUAUCAACAAAAUCUAUUACUUUAUUUCGGCAUACAUUUUUCUAUAUUAAAAGCCACUAAGAACAUCGAUUUGUCUUGUCCUUUGAUGACUAAAAAUUUCCAAAAAAUGAUUUUUAAAUUAAUUUCUAGUAAAUUGUAUGAAAUCGAAGUCAGAGAAGUCACAGUUGCUUGUUUCAACGCUUCUUAGACACUUUUUUGUUGUUUAAGAAUGAACGGGCGUACAGUAAAGCUUUAAGAAA